AUGAAUAAUCCCAACAACAACAACAACAAUAUACUACCACUCAUCCUCUCUUUGCUUCAAUCCUCUUCCUAUCAAUUGCAAUCGUGGCUCUCAUCCAUACGUGUUAUUCUUGUUGUCAUCUUUUCCAAUCUUCUCUCAACAUGUCAUUUUGUAUAUUCCCAAUUAAAAUCCAAGCUUGUAACAAACUUUUCAAAUCCUUCCAUCACCUCCACUACAACAACAACAACAACAACAACCCUCCUCUCUAACGCAUGUCCCAAUACGACCACUUCCUUCAUACAUUCCUUUCGAUUUCUAACAUCCAAAAUCUUGUGGAUUGUAUGGUUGGGAACGAGUGCAUUGUUUUUGAACUUGUUCUUGUUGAAAAAGAUUCAAAAUCAUCAUGGAUCAUUUCCAUCACAAAUGUUCAUUCAUCAUCAAAAUCAAACACUUCUUGAACAAAAUUCAACCAAUGGCCAUUGGAAUGAAACUUCAUGGCGAAUACAAAAACAUGUAUUUUCUGGAUUUUCUUUUUUAAAAGGAUAUCGACCACCGUCGGUUCUGGAAGUUUUCCAACCAUUCAUUCUCAAGGAUAUGGUAUCAGUAUCAUCAUCAUCAUCAUUGAAAAAAUCUUUGGAACAACAACACCUUCCUAAAAAGGUAAUUGAGGAAUUUGGUUUAUUUGAAAAUUUCACUUCGACCUUUCAAAGUUCUUAUCGAUGCAUUCGAUAUCGACUCGAUUUGGAACGAAAACAUUUUGCUCAUCUAUUCACCACUUGUUUAUUUGAAAAUAUUUGUUUCAAUCGAAAAGGCGAAUGGAUUUUAUUUUCAAAAUCUCCACAUGCGAAAGAGAAGAGUGAAAAAGUUUGGGUACAAACCAAUUCGUAUCAUGCGUUGACUGGAGAUAUUCAUCGAGUGAGAAUCAAAGUGUUGGAUCCUCCAAGUGCAGUGUUAGUUCGAGGAGUGAAUGGAACUGUUCCUAAUUUGGGAAAUUCAAAUGUCAUGGAGUUGUCAAAAAAUUUCAAAUGGAUUGAAAAACCAACAUUUGGUACUUCGAGACAUGCCACGAGUAAUAUUGGUCAUGCAAUUUUGGAUAAUUUUGCUCUCGUCUUCAACUCGAUGAUUAAUUUUGAUUAUGUGAGUCCUGACAGUCAUUUACUCUUUAUGGAUGACAUGUAUCCUAAAAUUCCAGGAGACACUCGAACACCUGAACUUGUAAAAUUACACGGAGAUUUAGCAACGAAUAGUUCUCUAGAAUGGGCUCGAAGAAUGACCAAUUUAGAACCAUUACAACAAGGUUCCAAUCAUGUCGAAGGAUCUUUUAUUAAGAAAGCUCCAUGUGAAUUUCAUGGAAUGAAUCCCAAUGAUGCACAUGCACAUGAAAUGGAUACUUGUUUUUCGAGUUUCAUUGUUGGAUCGACUGGUUCCAUGUAUAGCUUUAUUGAGGGACGAGAAUCUGUCAUUACCUUAUUUCGAAAGUACUUGUUGAGACAAUUGAAUGUAAAACCUCAGAAGAAGUUUUCAAAAGUGUUCAGAAUUGCGAUUCAGAACAAACCAUUGCAUUCGAUCAAUCGAGAUGCUAUUAUUAAUGUCGACAAGAUUGUCAAUUAUUUAAGACAGAAUGUCACGGAAAGUGAAAUGUUGGAAUUGGCCAAUAGUGUUCGAGGGAAACAUGAACCCAAAUAUGAACGUGUGGAAAUUGUGAAUUUGAAAUUGGAGAGAAUGUCGUUUGAGGAACAAGUACAAUUUUUUGGAGAUUUAGAUGUUUAUAUUUCCACACAGGGAGCUGCUUCGUACAUGUCACUCUUCAUGACGAAACCAAAUGCAGUCAUGUUUUAUGUACCCAUGUGUUUUAGACACACUUUGACUUGUUCGGAUUUGAACUUGAAAAUUCAUGAGACUUGGGCGACUGAGGUGAAAAUUGUUUCCUUGAUUCACUAUACUCAUUUGUUGGAGUGUGUGAAGGGAAAUUCUGAUGAAGAACCAGGAUUUAAGGUGACCGCACGAGUUCACUCCGAACCAUAUGGAGAUUGUCAUGAAAGGAUUGAUCCUAAGGGUUUAUAUCAUGAAUUGAUCUCAAAGGCAUUACAGAGAUUGCUGUAA